AUGCAGAGAGGACCACUUCAAAGCCUAAUAAAAGAGACAGAAACAAUAAAAAAUGCCCUCUCAAAAAUAAAGACUCACAUGUCACAGGCCAAGGAAUCAUUCCAGUCAAUUGGAGAGGACUUGUCUUCAUUGGAGACCUUUAAAAAUGACAGCCUUGUAAGAACUUCGUCAACUGUGCACAUGAAUAUAGAGCAAACAAGAAGGCUACUUCGUGAAGUGAAGGUGUUCAGCACAAAGUAUGCACAGCUUAUGAAGGAAAUGAAGAAGUGCACAGAAAGCAUUAGCACAGAGAGCCUCCUAACAAUAUACACGGAGAUAAAAGGAAUGAUUGGCCUCAAAAGCACAACUGCUGAGAUAUCAGAGAAGGUGUCCACGCUAGAAAAGCACUUUGAAAUUCUUAUCCUCACAAUAAUUGACUCUCUUCCGGAAAUAGUUGAAAAAGACGGCGCCAUAUCGUACAUGAAGAUUGUAAAGGUUUCUUUAAACGAGUCGUCUGCAUGCGAGAAAAGCGCAAAGAACUUACUUGGACUCUUGCCCAGCGGAGUAGAAAGAGCCAGCAGCAGUAGUCGGCUUGACUGCAGCUUAGACCGGAAUAGAGUAUUUGAAGUAUUUUUAGACUCUGUGAGCAGAAGAUUUACAGAGCACCUGCAUGUUGACAGCCUAAUUGGAACAGAUGAUCUUUCUUUUGUGCUGAACGAUCUAAAGGCUCUAAAAAAGACCGAGCAGCUAGCAAUUCCUUCAAAGUACAAAAUAUUCUCAUUCGCGUCAAUUCAGUAUCACAGAAUGCUUUAUGAAUACCUGGAGAAUAACACAAACAAAUUUGACCCAAAUGAAUCCAUAGGAAUUCUUCUCUGGUGCAAGCAUUAUUAUGCAGAAAUGGAGAAUCUUGGACGAAUGAAGAGCUCUCUUGGUCCUGUUUUGUUCUCUGGGAAAGAAGGAGCACUAGUAGACAAGUACGUGCAUGUUGCUGAGAAUAAGCUAUCUGAAUGGAUAGGGAAUUUGGCAAAAAUGGAAAGCAAGCGGUUUAGAGAGAGAAAGAAAGCCCCCGAUCUAGACAGCGACAAUAAGUUCAUAAGCAUUGGAUUUAUGGAUCUUCUUCACAUUAUUCGCCAGCAGCUGGAUCCCAUGUAUGCGCACCCUGUGAUAUUUAAGCGGGUUUCAACCCACAUACUGCAGUGCGUGAAGAAGUUCAAAGAAGUGCUAAUGCUGGCUGUUGUGGAGGAGCUGGAUCUGGUGCUGAAGGACAAGGCGCACAAUGGGUUUGAAGAGUACUGCAUUGCCUUGUCAAAUAGUGGAUUGAAGUUCAUGGACUGUCUGCACACGCUUCCCUUCUACAACGACCCAAACAUCCAGUCUAUUAGUGAAGUGUUUUAUGACUGUAUGGUAGUUUCAAAUGAUGCGCUUAUUAGGAAUAUCCUAUUUGUUGUCUCCCCAGCAAGCGAGUGCAUUUUUACUGAGAAGUGGAUAUCAGAGCCUGCAACACAGACAAUUAUCACGACUUACAAUGACUACCUGUCAGACUACAAGGAAAGCAUGAUAGACUACUCAUUUGCCUUAUUUGUAACCACUCUUUUAAAUAACACAAUAGACAUGUACUUUGACAAGCUGGUAAAAAAAAGAGCUGUUUUCAGAAAGGAGCACCUGUCCAUUGUGGCCACCGACAGAAAGAGAUACAGAGAAUUCUUCUCAAACUACCUCUCUAAGAAUGCCCUUAAAGAAACGCUUAAGCGCAUGGACUACUUCAUUUCGAUCACGUCCUCUGACAAUAUAAGCGUGUGCACAUCAGAGGUAAAGCUCUAUCUGAAAGAGUUUCCAGAGGAGCCAAAGGACAGGCUCAUUAAAGUACUUAGAAAAAUGCCAGGUGGAAGCAAAGACUUUAGCAAAGAGGUUAUGGAUAGAAUAUAA